AUGGAGCCUCGAGCGCGUGCCGGCAAGAAUGUCGGCAAGAUGAACUUCAGCCAUGCAGAGUUGGCACAGCUACUCUACGCACACGGCGAUGUUCAAAACCCACUCCCAGAAACCGUGCGAGUUCUUGACGAAAUCCUCACUGAUUUCAUGCAAUCCAUCGCCUUCGAGGCGACACGAGCAGCUAAUUACUCAGGCCGCCAAAAGAUCAAAUACGAAGACUUUGAGUUCGCGUUCCGUAAGAAUCCCGCGUUCCUAGGCAAAGUUCAAGAGGUGUUUGAGAAGCAAAAGGAGAUCAAGAAGGCUCGUGAGAUCUUGCGCGAUGGCGAGGACGAGAUCAUGAAGGAUGCUGCGGACGAAGAGAAGAAGCGAGAAAAAUCCGAUACGAGGACGGGAGGAGCAGUUGGAGCCGCGGCGUCAAGGGUCGAGGAGGAGUUGGGUGAAGCUGACGAUGAUGCUGAAGCGGAGUUCGAUGCGUUGGGUAAGAAGCGAUGA